GAAAUGAAAUGAAGCCUAAGCUAGUUUUGGGUUUUUGUUUUGUUUUCUUAUUUGUUUGUUUGGUUUUUUUGGGGUUGUUUGUUUGUUUGUUUGUUUUUGGUUUUGGUUUUGUUUGUUUUUUGGUUUUUUUUUUUUUGUACUCCGUGGCUCCUCUCUGGAUAUUGGGUCUGAGUUGAGGGAAACUUUAAACUUGGGAAGUCGUGAGGACUCCACUUCAUGAGUUCAGAGCACUCGCUUGACACAAAGAGCCAAGUGUGGGGCAGUAUCUGGUGCUCUCAGCAGCGCCCGCUAAAAUAUAACCACGGAGAAUUGGAGUGAAGGUGUAGAAAACGUGGGGUUCAGAGCAGGGCAGUUUACUCCUGUUACCCCAGCUGUCACACCGCAGGGGACAGGAAGGAAGACAUGCUGACCCUCAGCGGAAGUCCAGCAGCUUUGCUUCAUCAUGGAAAUGUGUUGCCUCGCUGGGUGGGAAUUGUUCCAUUAGUCUUCAAGGGACAAGAAUGCGGUGUGAUCCUACGCUGGGCUGCUCAAAGUAGGAACUUCACCUUGUAAAGCAGAAGGGUGGGUUUUUUUUUUUUUUUUUUUUUCUCCUUCUUCUUCUUUUGUGGUUUCACACAGCAAAGGAGUGUCAGCCUCCACUUACCAUGAAGUGGGACAGCAGGCAUGGAGGCGUGGGUGUGGCCUGAAGCUCUGGCCCCGCCUCCCCCGUUCCUUUCAUUUGACUCUCUUUACUUGAAAGAAUCAUCUCGACUGUUUCCAUGUGUUGGCAAACAGUUCCAUAGAAUCCAGCUCCUGGGAACCAGCCAGCAGCAUGCAGUGAUAUUGCAUCAUUGGUCCCUGGAACCAGAUAUAUCAGCGGCAGAACUCCGAGGACCCUGCUCACAUCACAGCCAUGAGAGGCACCAGCAUCAGAGAGGGUGCGCCCAAGGGCCUUUAUAUGGGAGUCCAACUCUGCAUAGAGGGAGGUGGCCUUGGAAGAGGUGACCCUUGAACUGGAAGCUAGUCAGGAAGAGAUCUGGUGAAAGAAUGUUCUGGACCCUGUUGGCCAGGGCACUCUACGACAACCAUGCUGAUUGCUCCGACGAGCUUGCUUUCUCCAGAGGGGACAUCCUGACCAUCGUGGAACAAAAUGUGCCAGAAAGCGAGGGCUGGUGGAGGUGUCUGCUCCACGGGAGGCAAGGCCUGGCUCCAGCCAACCGCCUCCAAGUCCUCAGAGAGACCCCUGCAGACAGACCCUGUCCCCUGCUCCCGAGAGGCCCAGACACAGAUCUCACCAGCUCCGGGGCGCCUUACCAGGUGCAGGACUUGAUCUCCCCGCCACCCCAGGGACCUGUGUAUGAACCAAUGAGGAGCUGGGUGGAGGGGCCGUCACCAGCGACUGCCCAAGUCUACGAAUUGCCUGAGUCACCUUCCAGUGCCAGGAUCAUCUGUGAAAAGACGCUGAGCUUCCCCAAGCAGGCCCUCUCUGUGCUUCCCAGACCGACGAGGGCCUCGUUGCCGACACUUCCUUCCCAGGUGUAUGACGUGCCUGUCCAGAGGCAGGGCUUCUCAACCCUUGAGAGGCUGGAGAAGCAGCAGUUCUAUGACAUACCCACCAGCUCCCAGAAGGCUCUGCUCCACUCCUCCACCAGCCAGGCAAGUGGACGGGAUGUUACAUUGGCACCGACAAUGGCCUUCAGACAAGGUGGUGGCUAUAACCCGUUAUCCAGCCCUCAGAAGUCAGAACGGAUUCAUGACACUCCGGUGUUGCUGGAAAAGGCCGAUGUCAGAAAUGUGUCUAUGACCAGCUUCACCAAAGACUCAGGUUCCAGAGCCAUUCCAGGCUCCUCUGCUGUCCACACUGGAGCUGUGGCCCUCUCCCCACAGCUGGGGAACACUGUGCAGAGAAAAAACAGCCUCCCAGAAGAACCUACCUAUGCCUUCCCAACGUCCAGGGACCCACUGCCCUCUGAUGCAGGUGGCAGCUACAAGGUCCCUUCCAGGUUUCUUAUUCCCAGAGUGGAGCAACAGAACACCAUGCCUAACAUUUAUGACACCCCUAAAGCCAUGCAGGGUGUGUCUCAUAACGCCCCUAAAGCCAUGCAGGGUGUGUCUCUGGCUGGAAAGGAGCUGGAGAGAGGCAGAGAGGCUCCAGAAAAUUCCCCCUGGAUCUCCGGACAGACAAGUUUCCUGUCUCCUGACUCGGACCGAUUAUCUGUUGCCAGCUCAGACAGCAGGGCUAGUGUGGUGUCUUCCUGCUCCUCCAUAUCCAUGGACUCCUCCUCUGGCUCCUCCUCAGAGGACUCCGUCAAGGAGCUAUGGAUGGACGUGGACUUUGCAAAGGAGACAGCAGUGUCUCUGCAACACAAAGUGGCCAGCUCGGCGGCGGGCCUGCUGCUCUUUGUAAGCAGGACUUGGAGGUUCAAAGACUCCUUGGAAACCAACAUCCACAGAAUCCGCAGGGCCGCUGACCACGUAGAGGAAUCUGUAAGAGAAUUUCUGGAUUUUGCCCAAGGGGUUGGUGGGACCGCUUGCAAUCUCACAGACAGCUACCUUCAGGCUAGAAUUAGAGAUCAGCUCCAGACAAUCUCUAGCUCCUACCAGACACUGCUGGAUGCCAAGGGAAGCUUGGACCGCUGCAAUUGGUCCCUGGAAGUUCUUGUGACAGACAAAGUCCAAAACAGCCUGGAUGACCUGGAGAGGUUUGUCGCCACUGCACGAAUAGUUCCAGAAGACGUCAAGAGGUUUACCUCCAUCGUCAUUGCCAAUGGGAAGCUCCUUUUUAAACAGAACUGUGAGAAAGGAGAGAUGGACUUGAAGUGUGAGAGAUGCAUCCGGCCUCCCCAAAGAGAAACUGAGUCCUACCAAGAGAGCAGCCCCUUCGACAGGCAACCGACAACUGAACACUCCUUUGAACUAGCAAGGAAAAACAGAGUGAAUGUCUGUUGGCAGCAGUCACCUAACCUACAAGAGAAAGGAAAGCCCACCAUGGAAGGAAAGUCAAACAGAAACCCAGACUUCCAUGGCAUGAGUCCUCCCCCUCUUACCUCUCCAUCUCCCAGUGGGCAAAACACCGAGAGGAAGAUCCACCUGUCUAAGCAUAGCAGACUCUAUUUCGGAGCACUCUUCAAAGCCAUCAGUGUCUUUGCAAGCAGCCUCAGCAACGGCCAGCCCCCCGAGGUCUUCAUCACUCAGAGCAAGCUAGUCAUCACAGUUGGACAGAAGCUGGUGGACACGCUGUGCAGUGAGACCCAGGAGAAAGAUGAACGCAAUGAGAUCCUGUGUGGCAGCAGUCACCUCUGCGGGCUGCUCAAGGACCUGGCGCUGGCCACCAAAAGUGCAGUGAUCCAGUACCCGAGCCCCAGUGCCCUGAGCCUCCUCCAGUCAGAGGUGGAGAGGCUAGAGCACCACUCUCGGAAAUUCAGAGACACGUUGGAAUGAAGCCUGCGGAGGUCCGCUCCCGGCCAGUUUCACACCCACCAUUCUGUUCCGUGGAAAAGCCAAUCAGAAUGGCUGAAACAGCCACGGGUGUCAGAGCUGGUGUUAGUAAGUGGCUAAGCCUCCGAAGGCCACUGACUGACCACGAGGUCAAGAAAGAGAGGCAGGCGACAAGUCAAGACCUUGAGAUGCUGAACUCACUGAGCCGAGGUGUUCAGCAUCAACAGGGGCAGUGGCAUUGUAGGAGCCACGUUUCGUGUCAGUCAAAUGAGUGUGUGGCUUACAGUCACUCUACAUUUGUUAGGUAGCGCCUAAGGUCAAGGUCAAGGAGUUGAAGAGACAGCAGUGUGAAACAGGCUCUGACCUCACAGAGGCACCAUCUAAUUGGGAAGACAGACAAAGGGACAGGCUAGACUAGUCCACAGUAAGCUCCAAGCCAAAGACUAUAUAGUAAGAAACUAUUUUUUUAAAGCCUCCUGAAGAGUAAUGAGUUUGCCUUUUUUCAAUCAGUUGUUUUAGAUGAAUACUGUGAGAUGUAUACAAACUGUUUAUGCACAAACACCUGUGUGCAUGCACGCGUGUGCAUGUGUUGCUAGAAACUUAAUCUAGGGUUUCACAAAUGCUAAGCAUGUACUCUGCCACGAAGACUGAUCCCUAGUCCCCCAAAUGUAUGCUGUUACUUCACCCCAAAGGUGACAAUUAUGUGCUCUGUUGAGUCCCCUACUAACUUAUUUUGUGUUACAAAUCCUGUAUUGAUCUGUUCCCCUGCUCAGUUAGAUUAGGUUUAUAUUUCACUAGUCUCAAAUCUGUUAUAUUAUUUAUCUAUAAUCUUGGGUUUAAACAUACUUGCAAGGUCCUGAUGGCUCAGGAGGUAGAGGCACCUAACCCCAGUCCUGAUUUCCUGAGUUCUAUCCCAGGGACCCACGUGGUGGAAGGAGAGGAGACUCCUGAUAACUGUCUUCAGACAUCCAUGCACAAAAUAAAACGAAACUUGUAAUUAAAAACUUAAAACAUACGAGCAAGCUGGCAGCAAUCCUUUCUCUGAAAGGGCCUCUGAGCCGUGUCACCUGAGUGCUGGUACCAAAGUAAAGUGUUUGUUAAAGACA